CACACACACAUACAUACACACACACGCACACACACACAGAGAUCCGGGUGGGGGGAGCGGCAGCGCGAGACAGCGCGAGCCUCCGAGAAAGCGCGAGACACGCCGGCGCGUGCAGCUCUGCGGCGGCCGCAGCGCCCCGGCUUGAGCCCAGCGCAGCCCGCCCUUGAGCGCCGGUCCGGGUUAUUUAUGCGGCGGCCGCGUCCGCCAGCUGCGGCUUCCUCCAGCCCCCACCCCGGGCGCGCCCCCACUCGCGGCAGCAGCUGCCAGGAAUCGCGCGUGGGUGUGUUGUUUGGGAGCUUCUGCCUCGGCGCCGCGGGUGCCACCUCCCGGGACGCUGCCCAGGCGUCUUCGGUCGCGAUCAAACAAAUAAUAGAAGUCUGUUGAAGCUUUGUCCUGACCUAUUCUGGAAGUAGAAGAAUACCCUGGAGAAAGGAGCAUUGUAAGCACAAAGAAUAAAACUCCUCAAUCCUGGGAGAGAGAAUUAAAGUCUAACCCUCCAUAUGGCUACUCUAAUGUGAUGCUGGGAUUGAAUUUACCUAGGGCUCCAUAUCAAGGUUGACUCGAAAGUCUUGUGGAAGAUCUGGAAGAAAUAGGUAUUAAGUCAUGAUGCAGGAAUCUGCGACAGAGACAAUAAGCAACAGUUCAAUGAAUCAAAAUGGAAUGAGCACUCUAAGCAGCCAAUUAGAUGCUGGCAGCAGAGAUGGAAGAUCAAGUGGUGACACCAGCUCUGAAGUAAGCACAGUAGAACUGCUGCAUCUGCAACAACAGCAGGCUCUCCAAGCAGCAAGACAACUUCUCUUACAGCAGCAAACAAGUGGAUUGAAAUCUCCUAAGAGCAGUGACAAACAGAGACCACUGCAGGAAUUGCUUCCAGAAACAAAAUUAUGUGUCUGUGGCCACUCUUCUGGUGAUGGGCAUCCUCACAACACAUUUGCAGUGCCUGUGUCGGUGGCCAUGAUGACUCCCCAGGUGAUCACCCCUCAGCAAAUGCAGCAGAUCCUUCAGCAGCAAGUCCUGUCUCCUCAGCAGCUCCAAGCCCUUCUCCAGCAGCAGCAGGCAGUCAUGCUGCAGCAGUCAAAAUGGUUUAUUCAGCAACAACUACAAGAGUUUUACAAGAAACAGCAAGAGCAGUUACAUCUUCAGCUUUUGCAGCAGCAGCAACAGCAGCAGCAGCAGCAACAGCAGCAGCAGCAACAGCAGCAGCAGCAGCAACAGCAGCAGCAGCAACAGCAGCAGCAACAACAGCAGCAGCAGCAGCAUCCCGGAAAGCAAGCGAAAGAGCAGCAGCAGCAGCAGCAGUUGGCGGCCCAGCAGCUUGUCUUCCAGCAGCAGCUCCUCCAGAUGCAGCAACUCCAGCAGCAGCAGCAUCUGCUCAGCCUUCAGCGUCAGGGACUCAUCUCCAUCCCACCUGGCCAGGCGGCCCUUCCUGUCCAGUCGCUGCCUCAAGCUGGCUUAAGUCCUGCUGAGAUUCAGCAGUUAUGGAAAGAAGUGACUGGAGUUCACAGUAUGGAAGACAACGGCAUUAAGCAUGGAGGGCUAGACCUCACUACUAACAAUUCCUCCUCGACUACCUCCCCCACCGCUUCCAAAGCGUCACCACCAAUAACCCAUCACUCCAUGGUGAAUGGACAGUCUUCAGUUCUAAAUGCAAGGCGAGACAGCUCAUCACAUGAGGAGACUGGGGCCUCUCACACUCUCUACGGCCAUGGAGUUUGCAAAUGGCCAGGCUGUGAAAGCAUUUGUGAAGACUUUGGACAGUUUUUAAAGCACCUUAACAACGAACAUGCAUUGGACGACAGAAGCACUGCCCAGUGUCGAGUGCAAAUGCAGGUGGUGCAGCAGUUAGAAAUACAGCUUUCUAAAGAACGCGAACGUCUUCAAGCAAUGAUGACCCACUUGCACAUGCGACCCUCAGAGCCCAAGCCGUCUCCCAAACCUCUAAAUCUGGUGUCUAGUGUCACCAUGUCGAAGAACAUGUUGGAGACAUCCCCACAGAGCUUACCUCAAACCCCUACCACACCAACGGCCCCAGUCACCCCGAUUACCCAGGGACCCUCAGUAAUCACCCCAGCCAGUGUGCCCAAUGUGGGAGCCAUACGAAGGCGACAUUCAGACAAAUACAACAUUCCCAUGUCAUCAGAGAUUGCCCCAAACUACGAGUUUUAUAAAAAUGCAGAUGUCAGACCUCCAUUUACUUAUGCAACUCUCAUAAGGCAGGCUAUCAUGGAGUCAUCUGACAGGCAGUUAACACUUAAUGAAAUUUACAGCUGGUUUACACGGACAUUUGCUUACUUCAGGCGGAAUGCAGCAACUUGGAAGAAUGCAGUACGUCAUAAUCUUAGCCUGCACAAGUGUUUUGUUCGAGUAGAAAAUGUUAAAGGAGCAGUGUGGACCGUGGAUGAAGUAGAAUACCAGAAGCGAAGGUCACAGAAGAUAACAGGAAGCCCAACCUUAGUAAAAAAUAUACCUACCAGUUUAGGCUAUGGAGCAGCUCUGAAUGCCAGCUUACAGGCUGCCUUGGCAGAGAGCAGUUUACCUUUGCUAAGUAACCCUGGACUGAUCAAUAACACCUCCAGCGGCCUGCUGCAGGCUGUCCACGAAGACCUCAAUGGUUCCCUGGAUCACAUCGACAGCAAUGGGAACAGCAGCCCGGGCUGCUCACCUCAGCCGCACAUACAUUCAAUUCAUGUCAAGGAAGAGCCAGUGAUUGCCGAGGAUGAAGACUGCCCAAUGUCCUUAGUGACAACAGCUAAUCACAGUCCAGAACUAGAAGAUGACAGAGAGAUUGAAGAAGAGCCUUUAUCUGAAGAUCUGGAAUGAGAACUGACUCGUGAAACCUCAGCGUGAAGGGACAUAUCACUGACCUUCAUAACCACUCCACAACCAUGAAUAUUUGACAAAUUUUUACUGUGACUAUUUAUUAAGCAUGGAUAAAGGAGACAGCCCUAAAGGAACUUAUGAAGCCAACCCUUUGGGAUUCAGUACCAACAGGCAAAUUGCUUGUUUUCUUCUCUCUCUCUUUUUUUUUUUUUUUAGAAAAAAAAGACAAAAACUGAUUUUCUUGAAAAAAAAAAAAGACUGUUCUUUCUAUAAUGGCUUUGCCCAUUUAAAAAAUGUGGCUCUUAAGGGUUCAUGAAAUGACUGAAUAUGAGGAUACACGUCCUGUAGAAAGCAAACGCGCCUCAUAUACUGCCAAAAAUAGUGUUAGUUUCAUUAAUGUGAAUUUUCCAGCAUUCAGUAGUUGUAAUGUUAGAAACAAUUGCUGGUCAAGUUCAACUUGUUGCUAUUGUUUUUAAUUUGCACAGGAGUAGUAUCAGAAAUUAGUGUCACUGCUUGUAUCUAGCUGAAUUUUAAACAACAGAACAUUAGUUUUUUAUGUUGGUGCCACCAACUGUAAAUGACAUAAGUUAGUUAUUACAAAACACAGUAAUUAGACUGUUGCAACCAUCUAAAACCUUAGGCUUCCAGUCUGUGCUGUUAGUGUUAAGAUGUAAAGUGCAAUCCUAAGCUAACAUUAUCUGUGCAAGCACCAUAGAAACAUUUGCAUAUCUGCAUAGAUCUUACAACUGUACUCUUUACCUCCUUGUGAUAAAGCUUUGUCUACCUGCAAACACAGUCAAAGGCUACAGCUGCAAACCAAAGCCAACUCUAACCAUGGCCAAGAGCUCAAGGACAGAAGCAGCCACAUGCUUUGGUCAGCCUUCUGUAACUUCAAUUAGUACAAAGGAACCUUUUCCAUGAACUACCUGCUGUUUUCUGAUGACCUCUGGGAUCUUUUCAUUUAGCCCUAAAGCAAGAAUCAAAUAUGACAAAAACCACAACUAAAAACCUAAUUUAGACACAGAGUAAUCUUCUGAGGCCAAAAGUCCAUCUAAAUGCAAUGAAGAUUUGCUUUCAUUAAAGACAGAGGUGAGGACAAAAUCUGCAGUGGAAGUUAUGAUAUGCUAGAAAGCAACAAAUGUGGAUCACUGACCAAAACGAUUAUGUACUUGAUGCAAAUGCAGAUUGCAUAUUGUUAUAUAUAUAGGACAUUGUGUUUUUGUUUUCCCCAUCCAGUCACUUAUUUUCGGUGGUGAAUACAUGUUGUUAGAAGAUGUCUUGUAUGGUCUGAAUCUUUGUUGUGUACUAUUUUUUAUAGUCUUAAGUUAUAAUGAAAAAAACAAAAAGUAGGAACCAAACAUAAAAGGUCUAGUAAAGCCAAAAAUUAAUUUCAUAUUGAUUUUAAAGUGAUCUAGCUGAGUUUUUACACUGAAAGCAAAGAUUAUAGCAAUUGUAGUCCAUGGUAUUUAUUUUCAGUCAAACCAAAGUUACAUAUAAUUCUGCCUCUGCUGAUACGGGAUAUUAACACUAACAAUACACUCCCUUUCAAAGACUUGCACAGGCCAAAUUGUUGGAAUGCUGGUUUUCGAGACGACUCCAAACCCCAAAACUAGGAUAACGCGUUAUGGUGUAGUUGAAAAUAGCAUAGUCAGAUGUCUGCUUAAAACCUAGAAACUUUACGUGUUGCUUUUCAUGUGCUGUGCCAAGUCUGGAUAACACUUUUCCCCCAACCAAGGGACCUCAUAACCUGAUGAUGGUUAUUGCUUUACAAACAGUUUCGACAGAAGGUGGCUGCUAGAGCUUAACGUAUGUACCAGUUCCAUGCGAUGGAGCUGGUUCUUGCAAACUAAGCUCAUCAUUUAUUCUUUGCUGAAGUCAGCAAAUAGAGUUAGAGAGAUACCCAGUCAUCUAUCACACCAAAUAAAACGACAUAACGGCUUUCAAAAGGGUUUUCCCACUUACCCAAAAGGCUUUCUGAAAGCUUCUACCUCUGCAAAAAAAAAAAAAAGAAAAAAAAGAAAAAAAAGAAAAAAAUUUAGAACAAUUAUGGCAGAUUGCAUGAAAUGUGAGAACGUCACAGUAACUGCUACUUUUCAUUCUGUUUGUCUUUGGGUCAUGAUCAGUGAAUGGGAAGUUUACGAUAUGGUAUCAAAAGAAAGAUUGGGAUUGGGAAGGAUGGUUUUCAGUCAUCUAGGAUCCUACUGGAAGGACUAUCUGAAGGGAAAAUGGGUCUUUCAGGUGCAUGUUCAAAGGCUUUGAUGGACUGAAAGUAAUCGAGAGAGCUGUACCAUCAGGAGGGUGGCCUAAGACUACAAUGCUAAAGUAUGCAUACCUCAGUUACCAAACUUUUGAAAGGAAGUCUCAGCCACAGAAUGCAUAUACCUGUAGAGUUUUGCAUGGGUUUUAUAUGAAUACAAUUUUAAAAAAUAGCUGCUUGCACAUUAUACCAGAAAAACCUCCAAAACUGCAAUUGCUUUGAAAAUAGAUUUUAGGUUUUUUGGAGUUUUCUGAAAUGCUUGGUCUGUAUUUUGAUAAUUGUGCAUAUUAUGUAAAAAUGUUGGUGGACCCAUAAAUGACCAGACUUUUUCUAAGAAAAAUGUUGCUUUAAUGCAUUUCAUGAAUUUUUACUCUUAUAUCAUUGCUUGCUAGUAAUAGCAAAUCUGCUUUUCUGCAUCUGCUUUGCGUAGCUAUUGUAAGGCUUUGAACUAAUGUAUGUAUUUAUUGCUUGAACUUCUGUGCAUACCUUAUAAAGCAUAAUGUCUGACAAUUAAAUGGCUCAUGUACUCUUGCUUCUAUCAUAAGCUGAUUAUGGGGACUGUGAUCUUUUGUAUACAGCAAAUUUUAACUGUAGCACAAACAUCUGUUUAUGUAUUGGUGGAAUAUACCUGUUUUAUUUAUCUUUUUUGAGGUAAACUAAUUUUUGAUACUUUUCAUUACUGUGUACUAUGUUCAUACUUUGAAUUCUCUGACGUUAGAAGUCAUGGUUGAAAAUUGUAACAGCUGUUAUUCGUUCUGUAUUCAUGGCUUUCACUGCUGAAUAAAAUAAAGGACCAAACCUAGGA